AUGCUGAAUUUUAGUGGACAGACGAGGAGGCGUGUGAUAAAUUUGGGGACGAAGAAUGGUGGUCGCGGCACGAAGAGGGAUAUCCUGGAGCGGGCAGAUCAGGAGAGGAAGAGAAGGGCGGAGGAGCGGCAGCGGGAAUCUGCUGUGCUGACUUUGCAGCGGAAUAUAAGAAAAUACAGGGACUUGCGACGGUUUGGGUCAGUGACUUUCCCGCAGUUGACGGUAAGGCAGCGGGCGGGCACUUUACUCGUUUUGAGGGACCGGUUGUUCCACUUCCACAAGUUCGAUGAAGCAGAGUUCCAUGAGUUACUCAGGGAUUCCCGAGAGAGUAUCUCGCAAUUGGACUGCAAUCUGGGGAACGUUUUGGUUCUGAGGCUGCUCGGAUACUACGAGGACGACCAAUUUUUGGUCGAUACAUUACCCUUGACGAAUGUGGCCGUGAUGCAAUUUGAUGCGUACGCGUUCGUGAUGUCCGGGAUAGUUGCCUUACUGAUGAGACUGGGACCACAGUCUCUGCACCAAGCGUCCGCAGAUGCAGUGUGUAGUCUGCUAUCCGUAAUAAAACCCAUGGACGACAGCUGGUUGGCAGAUUUCUUUGAUUCCUUCCCGACUGACCAUCCUUUAUGUCAGGGGGUUGUGCAGUAUGGUUUGUUCCCGAAAGAGUUUGUCCCUGGGGGGAACACUCUUGAGAAUUUGUGCUACAUUGCGUUCAACGUGCAAGAGGUCAACAAAGAUCUGAUCGUGUCGUAUAUUCUCGAUGUCCUGCUGUCGUGCGAUCCUGAUACGUUCCAAUUGACUGGCGAGUACUCUUCCAAAAUGUUUGAAACCGGGUUUAUAGAAACUGUGUUGCAGUUUAUCCGCAUGCCAUUUGAGAAAAAGGUCUACAAACCGGUUCUCGUUAUGGAUAAGAUACUGGCGCUUGUUCUGAACCAAGACAAGAAGAACAAAAUUCUCAUGAUUCUCUUGGUCAGUAGAGAUUUCAACACAAUCCUGUACGAGUCUUUGAAGGAGCUUGCACUCCCACAGAACGACUCGUUGGUGUACUCGCAGAGGGUCUCCCCUGAAUUCCGUUUGGCGCGAGAUCUGGUUCAAAUGUAUCUACAAUUCGCGACAGACGCAGAUCUGCUCGGCCAUACAAAGGUUUCAUACAUCCCGCUGGACUUGGUCUUGGUUCUGACAGACCUAUUGAAGAGAAUGAUUUUCUCGUUAAUGUGGAGGGAGACCGCCGGGAAGAAUGUUGAUCCAUUGGAGGGGAUCGAGAAGGAAACGUCGCUCUUGACACAACUGUACCUGAGGGACUCUCGGGCCCAUAUACUAUCCGGGAGUGACAGUAAUUUCUGGUGUUGCACCGACGAGCAGUUCCUACAAGUUAAUCUGUACUCGAUCCUGACGCAAUACGAGGAGCAGUUUUUGGACAUGGACCCGAUGUUAAACGUGUAUGAGAAAAGAGACAAAGUGUUGAAUGCAUUACUUAGUGAGAAACUUCGUGGGAACGUCUCCAGACAGUACCGUAAACUGGCAAUACUGAUUAAAACGCCAUUCUUCAUCCCCUUCGAUCAGCGUGUGGACUACUUCUACUUCCUGAUAGAGACUGACCGAAAUGAGAUGGGGUAUGGGAUGGACAAUCCCUUAAUGGGUUGGCUGGGUGCCCCUACGAUCAAUGGCGGGCGGCGCUCCGCUACGAUCUCCAGGGAGCAUGUACUGGAAGACGCCAUGAACUCUUUCAGUCGCGGGUCUGACCUGAAAUCGAAACUCUCUGUCACUUUUGUCAACCAGUUUGGUGUUGAGGAGGGGAUCGACGGCGGUGGGGUCACGAAGGAGUUUUUGACCUCCGUUAUCGAGGAAGGGUUCAAAGAUGAGGAUGACAAGUACAGGCUCUUCACGACGAACGACCAGCACGAGCUGUACCCUGUACCCACGUACGACCAUGAACGCCUGCGCGCGGUAGAAUUCCUGGGCCGGAUCGUCGGGAAGUGUCUAUAUGACCAUAUCCUCGUUGACCUGACGUUUGCGGAUUUCUUUCUAAAGUGUCUACUGACAGGGUCGGAGCAUUUCUCGAUCGACGACCUUAAGAGCCUGGACUCCUCGCUGCACUCAAGUCUUGUGAAGUUGCUGAACAUGCCCGGCCCGGAGAUUGACCGGCUCGAGCUGUGCUUUGAGGCAACGGACAUGUUUGACCCGCACUUGACGAGGGACCUCGUCCCGAACGGUUCUCGGGUGCCCGUGACGCGCGGGAACGUUCUCGAGUACGUGUGGCGGCUGACGCAGUACAAAUUACGGUCGAUCGCGAAACCUGCAACGAUGCGGUUCCGCGAGGGUCUCGCUGGUUUGAUCCCGCACCACUGGUUCGCGAUGUUCAACACGGUCGAUCUCGAGAUGCUGAUCUCCGGAGGGCGCAGGCAGAUCGACCUCGAGGACCUGCAGCGGAACACCGAGUACGGCGGGUACGAGGCAGCAGACGAGACCGUGAGGGACUUCUGGGCCGUCUUGGGCGAGUUCGACGAGCCAGAACGCCGCAAGUUCCUCAAGUUUGUCACCUCGGUCCCGCAGGCGCCGCUGAAGGGGUUUUCCGCGCUGGAGCCCAAAUUCGGGAUCCGCAACUCGGGGCAGGAGGACCGCGACAGACUACCUACGGCGUCGACGUGCGUGAACCUGCUGAAGCUCCCGGACUACCGCGACAGACGGCACCUCAAGCAGAAACUGCUUUACUCGAUCAACUCCGGCGCCAGGUUCGACCUCUCGUGA